AUGCGCGGGCCCUCGGGCUCGGGGGCGGAGCCGCGCUGCGGCCAAUACUCUGGCAAGGCGAGCGCGCGCCGCAUCCUCCACCGUCGCGACACAGCGGCAGUUCUCAACAGUCCUCGAACAGACCUCAACAUGCCUCUGGCCACCUCUCGGACCGCAAAGUACACCUACCGCUCCAGCGGGGGCGGCACCGCCGACGUCAACAUCGAGUACUCCGCCGACCUCAGCGCCUUGUCCAGGCUCGAGGACAAGAUCCGACUUCUCAGCGAAGACCUGGAAUCCGAACGAGAGCUCAGGCAGCGGAUCGAACGUGAAAAAGCUGACCUGAGUGUACAAGUCCUCACACUUCAAGAGAGGCUCGAGGAAGCUGAAGGAGGUGCCGAGAGUCAGUUUGAAAUUAACAAGAAGAGGGAUACCGAGUUACUCAAGUUAAGGAAGCUCCUCGAAGAUGUCCAUCUGGAGUCAGAAGAAACUGCCCAUCUCCUUCGUAAGAAACACCAAGAAGUUGUUGUUGAUUACCAAGAACAGCUCGAUGCCAUUUCAAAAGCCAAGUCAAAGGCUGAAAAGGAAAAGGCCAAGUUCCAACAAGAAGUUUACGAACUUCUCUCCCAAGUUGAAUCGGCCAACAAGGAGAAGAUCAUUAGCAUUAAACAUUCAGAAAAAUUGGAAAUCACCAUCCAUGAACUUAAUGUGCGCAUUGAAGAACUUAACCGCACCAUUGUAGACAUUACAUCUCACAAGACUCGUUUACAUCAGGAAAAUAUUGAAUUGACCAAAGAAGUCCAGGACUUGAAGGUCAAUAUUGAGAAUGUUACUUACCUAAGAAGCCAGGUAGCAUCUCAAUUAGAGGACGCUCGCCGUCGCCUUGAAGAAGACGAAAGGAGGAGAUCGUCCCUGGAGGCUAGCCUUCACCAGGUUGAGGUUGAACUCGAAUCCGUAAGAGUUCAGCUGGAGGAGGAAGCUGAAGCCAGGCUAGAACUCGAGAGACAACUUGUCAAGGUUAACAGCGAUGCUGCUACUUGGAAGUGCAAAUAUGAGACUGAAGCUUCAGCUCGUAUUGAAGAAGUUGAGGAAAUCAGGAAGAAGUACACUGUCCGUCUUCAAGAACAAGAAGAGCAUAUUGAAACCCUCAUUGUCAAGAUCAACAAUUUGGAGAAACAGAAAUCCCGCCUUCAGAGUGAAGUUGAGGUCUUGAUCAUCGAUCUUGAAAAGGCCAACAAUACUGCAAGGGAACUGCAAAAGCGUUCUGAACAGCUUGAGAAAAUCAACAUUGAGCUGAAGAGUCGUCUCGAUGAAACAACUAUCGCCUUGGAUCAGUCUCAGAGGGAUCUCCGCAACAGAACUCAAGAACUCCAACGUCUCAACCAUGAGCUUGAGAAGACCAGAGAGCAGAAGGACUCUUUGGCCAGAGAGAACAAGAAACUUGGAGAUGACCUUCAUGACGCCAAGAACACAAUGGGUGAAAUGAAUCGUCGUCUUCAUGAGAUGGAACUUGAGAUCAGACGCCUGGAGAACGAAAGAGAUGAACUGGCUGCUGCCUACCGUGAAGCUGAAGCUGGCCGUAAAGCAGAAGAACAAAGGUCACAGAGACUGUCCGCUGAAUUCGGUCAGUUCAGACACGAGGCCGAGAAGAGGAUCUCAGAGAAAGAAGAAGAAAUUGAGAUCAUUCGCAAGCAGACCAGCAUUGAAAUCGAGCAACUGAAUGCACGUGUUGCUGAGGCCGAGACCAAACUGAAGACUGAGGUCAUCCGCAUCAAGAAGAAGCUUCAGGUGCACAUAACUGAACUUGAGCUCUCACUUGAUGUAGCCAACAAGAACAAUCUCCAACUCCAGCAGACCAUCAAGAAGCAGUCUCUACAGCUGACUGAAUUGCAAGCUCAUUACGAUGAGACUCAAAGACAGCUGGCUGUGACUAUGGAUCAACUGGCUAUUUCAUCUCGUAAAUUACAGUCUUUGACUGCUGAGAUUGAAGAAAUCAGAGGAAACUAUGAAUCUGCUCUUAGAGCUAAACGAUCUGCAGAGCAAAUGUACGAAGAUGCCCAGACCCGUAUCAACGAACUCACAACAAUCAAUGUCAACAUCUCAGGCCAGAGAGCUAAACUUGAACAAGAAUUGGCAUCCAUUGCAUCUGAUUAUGAGGAAGUCACGAAGGAACUCAGGAUCGCUGACGAAAGAUACCAAAAGGUACAAGUUGAACUUAAGCAUACUGUUGAAAUACUUCAUGAAGAACAAGAACGUAUUGUCAAGAUUGAAACAAUCAAGAAGAGCUUAGAGAUAGAAGUCAAGAAUCUGUCUGUAAGAUUAGAAGAAGUUGAAGCCAAUGCAAUUGUCGGAGGAAAACGUAUCAUCAGUAAACUUGAAGCUAGGAUACGCGACAUCGAACUUGAACUUGAUGAAGAGAAGCGUCGCCAUGCUGAAACAGUUAAGAUUUUGAGGAAGAAAGAACGUAUUGUAAAAGAAAUCAUGAUCCAAACUGAGGAAGAUCACAAAAAUCUGACUAUGCUACAAGAAGCUUUGGAAAAGGCCAACCAGAAAAUAACAAUCUACAAGAGGCAACUGUCUGAACAGGAAGGAGUAUCCCAGCAGAGCGUAACAAGAGUACGAAGGUUCCAGAGGGAGCUGGAAGCUGCAGAAGACAGGGCCGAGACUGCUGAGAGCAAUCUGUCGCUCAUUCGCGCCAAGCACCGCACGUUUGUCACCACUUCGACUGUACCUGGUUCACAAGUGUACCUAGUACAGGAAACUCGUACAACUUCCGAAAGCUAUUAAACGGCUUACCAUAUCUCCAAAAAAUAUUUCAGAUCGGCUAAAUAACAACUUGUCCAAUUGAGAGACUUUUAGAGAUUAGUGUUAAACACUAAGUUGAUACUGUGCAUUAUUUAAUUGUUCUGGUUUAUUAUUCCAUGUUUUAAAAGUGUUGUAAAUCAGUAAGUCUGUUUAAGCAAUAAACCUUCAUCAAGGAGAUGUGGACAAACAUUGUCAUAUUUUUUUAUUGAACAUUACCAUUAUUUAUUUAUUUUGCUUUCAUUUUGAUAGCCUUUCCUUUAAAUAAUCGAAGAAGCAUUUAAACGAAAAGCUUAUCAGGUCCAUAUUUUUUUUUUUUUUUUUUUUAUUUACAAUGCUUAAGUGUCUAUACUGAAUAUUGAGGUUAAUAUGAAAAAUAGAAAGUAAUAUUAUUGUUUUAUGUUUAUGUAAUAUUUCGACACCUGUAACAAGUAGAUAACUUUUACAAUAAUAAAAUAUAAUUUUUCCUAAUAAAAUCAAUUGUUUCUUUUGAUGGUGAAUCAAAAUCAAUCUCUUUACUGAAAACUUACUUUUAUUAAUAACUGAUGUAAUGAAUUGAUUAGUUUAUAACAUUUUUAAGUACUAUUGUCAUCCAAAGUAUUAUUAUAAGUUGUGCAUAUCCUUUAAGGUUGUAUAUUUAAAUAUCUUCAGAACCUUUGAGAGCAAAACUAUUUUGAAUUUUGAAUAA